GCAGCGCGCAUGACCCAUUAAUACGCGUUCUUGUAGAAACCGCUGGAGGGACACGAUCAGGAAAUGAAAAUCAAAACCAAACCAUACUGCGCUUUAUUAUUGAAUCGGUUCGGUAUCCAGUAAACGAGCCAUGAAACAGAAGAUCUGUCACAUCUACUCGUGUUCAAAACAACGACUGCGUGCACACCAGAAUCAUUUAAACAGAAUUCAAUUGGAUCUGUGUGAGAUAUGAGAAGACUGUUUGCAGUGGUAUGUGGUGUUAAGGCAUGUCUUUGAGAGAGUCUCCUUUCCCCAAUGCUUUUUUGGAAGGUCUCCACGCUGUAGGAUGGGGACUCAUCUUUCCAUGUUUUUGGUUUCUGGACCGUCUCAUCGCUGGCUGCCACAGCACCAGUUUGGAGCGCAGGCAACGGCGAGAGGAGGAAUGCUACCUCCACCCGCUUAAAGUCAUCUUCGGCUCCGUCCUUUUCUUCAUUCUGUUCAUCAUUUCCACACCCUUCGCUCUCCUGGGCUUCCUGUUAUGGGCACCGCUCCAAGCGGUACGCAGGCCUUUCUCGUACCAUAAGCAGGUGAAGAUCGUUCCUAUGGAGGACCGCAACGCCAGAUGGGAAGAGACUGGUAAAGUCAGUUUUGGAUUCAUAUCUGCCAACCUGUGCCUGCUGACCGACGGCAUAGCGCGCUUCAACAACCUCGGACACACGCAGCGGCGUGCGGAAAUCAUCGGGCACAACAUCGUCCAGGGUGUGACUCGCCCUCACAUCCGUAUAUUCGUCGAUUCUCCCAGUAGCUGCCGCACCGUCACCCCCUCCAGCACUCUGCUCACGCAGGCCGCAUCUAACUCGUACGGAGCCAUGGAUCAGACGGAGGGAAUUGUACCAGAUGGAGAUGUUCCCAAGAGCGUCUCCAGGGAUUCUGUAGCAUCUUCUAAUGAACCGGGAGAAUCGAAGCAGCAUUCCAAUCCCAACUGCAACCAGAAUUUCAACCAGCAUCCUCCUCGGUCCUUACGGACGCUGUUUACAGACAGCGAUGUGCCGAUGGAGGUUUCCUCUCUGUUUCCACCCACUGUGGAUAUAGUUUGUCUGGAGGAGGUGUUUGAUAAGAGGGCCGCUCUGAAGCUCACGCAGGCUCUCGGCCCACUUUACGGUCAUAUCCUCUAUGAUGUUGGUGUGUAUGCGUGCCAUCCGUUUGGAAGUUGCUCCUCUUUCAAGUUUUUUAACAGCGGAUUAUUCCUGGCUAGUCGUUAUCCGGUGCUGGAAGCUCAGUUUCACUGCUUUCCCAACAGUCGUGGAGAAGACGCGCUGGCUGCCAAAGGUGUGCUGUGUGUAAAGGUGGACAUAGGGUUACAGAAAGGAGGGAAGAGAAUGGUUGGGUAUAUGAACUGCACUCAUCUGCACGCUCCCGAGGGGGAUGGAGAAAUUCGUUUCGAGCAGUUGAACAUGUUAACCAAAUGGAUAAAUGAGUUUCAAAAACAGACCAAACAAGAAGGUGAAAUGGUGAUGUUUGAUGUGCUUUGUGGAGACUUUAACUUUGACAACUGUUCCCCUGAUGACAGACUUGAACAGUCACACAGUCUGUUUGAUGACUACAGAGAUCCCUGUAGAUCUGGAGCAGGUCAAGAAAAACCCUGGGUCAUAGGUACUCUGUUGGAACAGCCGACACUUUAUGAUGAGAAAAUAAUGACUCCAGACAACCUGCAGCGAACUUUAGAAAAUGAAGAGGAUCGCAGACUUUAUAUAUCUCCACCGGUUCCUCUUAAAGAUGUUCCUCUGGUUUACCCCGAGUCUGAUCAACCCUGGGUGGGCCGUCGGAUCGACUAUCUGCUUUAUCGAGAGGCUUCUGUCUCCAGUCAAUGUAGUACAGAAGUGGAAGAGUUUACAUACGUGACCCAGUUGGCUGGUUUGACCGAUCACAUCCCUGUGAGCUUCAGACUCAACGUCACUUUGGAUUCAGAAGAGAUGUGAACAUCAUGUUUACUGUCCAGUAACCCUCACCCUAGCUUUAAAGGAACAGUUCACCAAAAAUGUCAAAGGCACUGCCAGAUGAGAAUGACUUAAAUAUAUAGUAAGGCUUUAAAUCACAGAAAGCUGUUGCAUGGCAUCAGAAAUGUUUCAAAAGUUGAAAUCCAGUGCAUGAGAAUAAGAAACUUUUUUUGGAUGUUACUUCAAUUGCAUGAGGAACAAGAGGAUUGAUAGACUGGAAAAAAUAAACAAAGACUGAAAAGAUGAACUUUCUUUUUUAUUUUAGGGUGAACUGUUUCUUUAUGAUUGAUAAGGAUUAGGGAUCAACAAUCCUUUUAAAUGCUUGAACUAUGUAAGAAAGUAAAGCCAAAUAUCACAAUCUGAAUCACUACUUUAAGCAAUAGUUCUGUUACACGUUUAUCUAUGCAUAACUUCAGUCAGUUAUAUUACUUUAUCAAUGUAUAGAUGUAAUGCAUAGUUUAAACAUGCUUGUAAUCUGCAAAAAAUUUUCAUGACAACACCAAAAUAAUUUUGGAAAUGUAUUUUAAUAAAAGGUAGAUUUUUUAUA